AUGCCAGGCUUCUCCCUCUGGCUGGUCCCCCCUGUCGCCUCUUCAGCCCGCGCCGCCCUCUCCGCGCUGAUCGCCGAAUCCCUCCCCGCCCAAUUCCCAACCGAGCAGCCUCCCCCGCCAAGAUUCGUCCCCCACGUGACACUCACCUCGGACGUCCAGUCUGACGUCUUUUCGAAAUCUUCCGACGAGCAGCAGCAGAAGCGCGACGCUCGAGCCUGGCUGGAGGGAUUGGCCGAUCUUCCGGCUGGCCGUGACGUCCGCGUGCGCUUCGAGACACUCGACGUCGGCGAGAAAUUCGUGCAGAAGCUGACCCUGCGCGUGCUCAAAGAAGGUGGCCUGCGCGAGCUCGCCCGCGUCUCGCGCCUGCACGGCGUCGAGGGCGGGAGCAACGUGGAUGCUGUGGAGACGUGGCUGGACAGGGCUUAUCGGCCCCAUUGCAGCCUGGUGUACGGUAACAUGCCCAUCUCGGACCAGAAAAAGGCUGAGCUUCAGAGCGUCGUUGAACAAGCCGGGAUCAGCAUCUUUGGUUCUGGUGAUCUGGGUGGUUGGGAAGGCGGACUUGUCUGGCUGGUGCCCACUUUCAAGACAAUCCCCGAAUGGGAACCAUGGGUGGAGGUAGCCCUUUGA